AUGGCUACCGUAACUGCAAGCAACACAAUCUUUCAGGUCGUGCGAGCCGGCCUCGUCCGGAGGGGUUCGGCUGGGGCCAUUUCGUCGCCUGUCCUCGGUGGGUUGCCGGAACUUGCAAAGAAAGGACGUGUGGUAUGUUCCAUGGAGGUGAAGGCACCUGCAUCUAACAAUUGCUCAGGUAUGGGUAUGAGUGCAUCACUGGUGGCAGCGGCAACAGCAGCGGCGAUGUCAAGCCCGGCCUCGGCACUGGUGGAUGAAAGAAUGAGCACAGAAGGAACAGGACUUCCCUUUGGUUUAAGCAACAACAUACUUGGGUGGAUCCUCUUGGGUGUGUUUGCUCUUAUAUGGUCUCUCUACACUGUUUACACUUCCACUCUUGAGGAGUCAGAGGAAUCAGGACUCUCCCUCUGA